CCCCAGUGGUGAUGGUGAGUAGCAGGACAGAGGUGGAAGAUGGGAUGGAGAUGCACGUCUGCCGGAUCUAUGGCUUCUACCCGAGGGAGAUUGAUGCCUCCUGGAGGAGGGACGGGGAAGUGUGGCUGGAGGACACCCUCCAUGGAUUUGUGGUCCCCAACGCGGAUGGCACCUGUCACUCCUGGCUCAGCAUCCAGAUCGAUCCCAAAGAAAGGGGCCGCUAUCAGUGCCAUGUGGAGCACAAUGGCCUGCAGGAGCCUCUGGACAUGGCCCUGAAGGAACCAACCAAUUCAAAAUCCAACCUGGGGGUCAUCGUCGACUGGAUUGUGGAUGCUCUUAUCCUGAUGUGUGUGAUUGCUGGGAUCCUGGUAUUCUUCAGUAAGUAUCUUUUUUGCGCAGAGCAGAGUGCUGAGAGGGAUGACAAAACUGACACUGAUGACGCCGACACCCCAUUCCGGACCUCUGAACUGGAUGUUGAAUGCAGACUUGCCCUUCUGCCCCCUCCCAGUACUUUUUCUGCCCAGGUGAGCUGGAAGAUGCGGGAGUGCCGUGCAAAUGCAAGUAGCGCAGCACUCCUGCGCCUUCUGGCCAUCUCCAUCGCCCUCCAGCCCACCUGUGUUGCCAGCCCUCUCUUGCUGCAACAGUACCAUUACCUCGUCCUGGCCAGCGAGGGCUACACUGCUUUUUGCAGUUGA